AACUGAGCUUUGCAGAGGAAUGAAUGCGUACUGCUGUAACAUGUUACUUAAUUCAUUUUCAGAUGUGGUAGGGAUGGAGGAGAGUGAAGAACUGAGUGAAGAUGAGGAGAAACAUCAUGUCAGAAGUGAAGAUACUCACUCAAAGGACAAAGACGUUUUUGUAACGGAAGGAGGAACAGCCAAAAGUUUCACCUGCACUGAGUGCGGAAACCGCUUUAACCGAAAAUAUGCUCUCGAGCUUCACAUGAGGAUCCACAGCGGAGAGAAACCGCACAAGUGUUCACACUGCGACAAGAGAUUCAAUCAGUUAGGACACCUGAAAACGCACGAGAGGACUCACACUGGAGAGAAACCCUACACGUGUGCUCAGUGUGGGAAGAGUUUCACUCAGUCAUCUUCCUGUAAUCAGCACAUGCUGAUCCACACCGGAGAGAAACCGCACCAAUGUGAUCAAUGCAGCAGAACGUUUUCCAGGCUUUCAGAGCUGAAGGAGCAUCUCCGAGUUCAUUCAAACGAGAAGCCUUAUGCAUGCUCUGAGUGCGGAAAGAGCUUUACAAGACAGUCGAGUUUAAAUGAACAUCAGAAGAUCCACACUGGUGUGAGAGAGCAUGUGUGCAUUGAGUGUGGGAAGGCUUUCAUUAAAUCCGCAGACUUGAAGCGGCACCAGAUGAUCCACACUGCUGAGAAACCGUACACGUGUGCUUUGUGUGGGAUGAGUUUUAAACAGUCGUCACACCUUAAUAAACACAUGCUAAACCACGUUGUUGAGAACCCUUACAAGUGUUCGCACUGCGACAAGAGAUUCAGCCAGUUAAGACUCAUGAAAACACAUGAGAGGGAGCAUCUUACAAACGAGAAGCCUCAUUCAUGUUCUGAGUGUGAGAAGAGCUUUACACUGCUGUCAAUUUUACAUGAACAUCGGAAGAUCCACACUGGUGUACGAAAGUUUGUGUGCGUUAAGUGUGAGAAGACUUUCAUUACAGCUCGAGACUUGAAGCGACACCAGAUGAUCCACACUGGAGAGAAACCGUUCACCUGUACUCAGUGCGGGAUUGGCUUUAAACAAUCAUCACACCUCAGCAAACACAUGCUCAUCCACACCGGAGAGAAGCCGCACAAAUGUGACCAAUGCGACAAAGCUUUUUCGAGAGCUUCUCAGCUGAAGGACCAUCUUAGAUAUCAUACACAGGAGAAGCCUUAUUCGUGUCCUGUGUGCGGGAAGAGUUUUGCACGUUUACAAGUUUUAAACGCCCAUCAGAAGAUCCACGCUGGUGUGAGAGCGCACGCAUGCUUCGAGUGCGAGAAGACUUUUGUUAGGGCUACAGACCUGAAGCAGCACCAGAUGAUCCACACUGGAGAGAGGCCGUUCGUGUGUUCACACUGCAACAAAACAUUCAGACAUUCGGGACAUCUGGUAGCGCACGAGAGGAUCCACACCGGAGAGAAGCCGUACUCGUGUGCUCAGUGUGGGAAGAGUUUCAGAGUUUCAUCGUCCCGCAAUGAACACAUGAUGCUCCACACUGGAGAGAAACCGCAUAAAUGUGAUCAGUGCGGCAAAACGUUUUUGAGGCCUGCAGAGCUGAGGAAACAUCUGACAGUUCAUGAAAAGGAGGAGCCGUAUUCAUGUUCUUUGUUAUGAUGGAGUGCACAUCAAUGAAAUUGACCUUCCUAAAAGUUAGUAUUCACUAAUUUAUUAGCAAGGCAUGAGUGCACGUUAAUUCACAAUUGACGCUUCAUUGCUGUUUGACAGGUUGUCCGCAAGGUCCGUGCCCCCCGGGUGCUCUCAGCCGUGUUUUCUGACAGGCUUCAUAAUAAAGAAGCAUUAAUAACUAACAUUAAAAAUGGUCCAAAUAUGCUCUUAUGAGUAACCGUACGUUCACACCGAAAGCGGCGAGAGCAUCCAAGGUCGCUCUGGCCGCCCUGGCGACAACGCUGUCUGC